AUGGCGCUCACAAGAAUAUCCCUCGGAAUAUUACUCGCCCUAAUUAAUUUUACAUCAUCAAACAUUCAUCUAAACGAAACUUCGAUCAAAGACCUAGACAGUUUGAUAAGUGAAAAAAUCAUAGACACGGUGAUAUCGGAUAGUUUUAAAAUAAGAAAAUUAGAGGCUAUCAAUGAUAUAAGGAAGAGAGAUGUUAAUACAACAGAGGAAUCAAAUGUAGAAAGUACUGAGGAUGAAACAGAAGACACGACCAUUUACUAUGAAUACAAUAGCUCAGAGGUAUGUGUUGGCGAACCUGACUACUGCAAUAUGACAAGAGAGGCAUAUUUUCGAAUGAUUUACGAUUAUAUAUACCCUCAAACAUAUGAAUGGGUGUUGAUAGCGACAAAUGCAAUAGUCUUUGUGAUUGGUUUAAUAGGGAACGCGUUAGUUUGUAUCGCAGUGUACAGGAAUCAUUCAAUGAGGACUGUGACGAAUUAUUUCAUAGUGAAUCUAGCGGUGGCUGAUUUUAUGGUGAUUUUGAUUUGUCUACCUCCAACGGUGCUGUGGGAUGUGACGGAGACGUGGUUCUUUGGGACUGCUAUGUGCAGAAUUGUUCUGUACUUUCAGUCAGUAUCGGUGACAGUGUCAGUUUUGACAUUGACAUUCAUCUCGGUUGACCGCUGGUACGCCAUUUGCUUCCCGCUCAAAUUCAAGUCCACCACAAGCCGAGCGAAGACCGCCAUCUUGAUUAUAUGGGUGCUGUCUUUAUCAUUCAAUGUACCAGAGUUUGUGGUUCUACAAGUGGAACGCCGAAUGCAACUGCGCUUCGACGCGCAGUUUUUUAUGCAGUGCUCGCCGACUUGGUCAGACGAAAGGCUAGCAGCUACCAGACGCACUACGCCGUCGAUUCACACAAAUGCUUCAACAGAAGGUCAACUUCGUUCUCGACGCAAAGCUGCCAAGAUGCUGGUGGCUGUGGUCGUCAUGUUUGCUGUCUGCUAUUUCCCUGUUCAUCUCGUGUCUGUUCUGAGGGUGGCAUACGACGUGAGGCAGAGCGACAUCAUGACUUGUAUAGCUCUCAUUUCGCAUGUGAUGUGCUACGCUAACUCGGCUGUCAAUCCGCUGAUUUACAACUUCAUGAGUGGUAAAUUCAGACGCGAGUUCCACCGUUCCUACUUCAAAUGCUGCUGCUGCCUUCCACCACCAGAGCAGAACGUAUCGUUCGCUCCCAUCGGCAGCUCCAGAGCCGGCACCACACGAACUGUCGUACGACGGAACGAUUCCUGCGCGAGCUACCGUCUCAAUCACCUCUCGCCUUCGAAGAACAUUCACCGCGAUCCGCGAAACACAAACACGUCGUUCAUCGAGCAUAUGAAUGGAAACAGACGGCUCAAGGUGCGUGAUGAUUCGAUCAGUGAAUCAGCUCGAUUUACAUUGACAACAGAUGUCAGAGAAUGA